AUGUCAUUUUCCGGCGGAAGAAGAGCAGUCGUGUACUCUUCUCUUAUAGUACUUUUGAUCAUUUCGGUACUUCAUAUUUGGGUCUUCAAUGAAAACAAAGCUGAAGCAAUAAGAAUUCUUCAAGAAAAGCCAAUGGAGGAAGUAGAGAGAGAAACGCGAACAGUAGAAUCUGCCAAGAAUCAAACAGAAAUCUUCCGGAAGUAUUUCAAUGCCAGACUUUCUGAUCUCAACACUACUGAAAAUGGUACAUUCACUGAUUCAAAGAGAAGAAUACCCAGUUGCCCAGAUCCUCUACACAACAAGUAG